AGCGGCUGCCUGAGCUUUCUUUUCGGGCCGCGCAGCAGACGCACGAGGGGACGGAGGGGAGAGGCCGUUGAGCAGGGGCCGAGGAGGGUCUCGCCAUGGCGAUCCGCAAGAAGACUAACAAGAACCCUCCCGUGCUCAGCCAUGAGUUCGUCGUGCAGAACCACGCGGACAUCGUCUCCUGCAUGGCCAUGGUCUUCCUGCUGGGGCUCAUGUUCGAGGUUACAGCCAAAGCAGCUGUUGUCUUUGUUACACUUCAGUACAAUAUUACCAUUCCUGUUACAGAAAACCAGCCUACAGAUACAGUGACAUUAUAUCAUUAUGGUAUCAAAGAUCUGGCUACUGUUUUCUUCUACAUGCUAGUGGCAAUAAUCAUACAUGCUGUUAUUCAAGAAUAUGUGUUAGAUAAAAUUAACAGGCGAAUGCACUUUUCCAAAACAAAACAUAGUAAAUUCAAUGAAUCUGGACAACUCAGUGCAUUUUAUCUUUUCUCUUGCGUCUGGGGAACAAGCAUCCUUGUGUCGGAAAACUAUGUAUCAGAUCCAACAUCACUCUGGAGAGACUAUCCACACACAUCAAUGCCGUUUCAAAUGAAGUUCUUUUAUAUCUCACAGAUGGCAUACUGGUUUCAUGCUUUUCCAGAAUUCUAUUUUCAAAAGAUAAAAAAAGAAGACAUUCCUCGCCAGCUUGUUUACAUUGGGUUAUAUCUUUUCCAUAUCACUGGAGCUUAUCUGUUAAAUUUGACCCAUCUUGGUCUUGUUCUUCUUGUGUUACAUUAUUUUGUGGAGUUUCUGUUCCAUAUUUCCAGACUUUUUUACUUCAGUGAUGAAAAAUACCAGAAAGGGUUUACAUUGUGGGCUGUUCUUUUUGUUUUGGGAAGACUCCUGACGUUAAUUCUGUCUGUCCUUACUGUUGGAUUUGGCCUUGCUAGAGCAGAGAAUCAAACUUUGGAUUUUAGUACUGGAAACUUUAAUGUGCUACCCAUCAGAAUCAGUGUGCUGGCAUCAAUCUGUUUAGCACAGGCCUUUAUGAUGUGGAAAUUCAUUAAUUUCCAAUUAAGAAGGUGGAGAGAACAUUCUUCACCUCCUCAACCAGUGAAAAAGAAGUUUACGACAACAAAAGGCAAGCUCUCGAAAAAAGAAAGAGAAAAUGGAAUCAAUGGAACAUUAACCUCAAAUGGAGCAGACUCGCCUCGCAACAGAAAAGAAAAAUCCUCUUAAAACAGAACUUUAUUAAAUUAAUUGACUAAUAUCCCCAAAGAGAACUGCUUUUUACUUGGAAAAUCCUUCAGCACCAUAGUUCCUACUGUUAACAAAAAAUAAUAAAAUUAAUGCCUUUUUGAUUAUUGAUAUCAGAAUGUUUUGUGCAACUUUUUAAAUGUUUAAAUGAAAAAGGCCACUUUAUUUUUAGUAGCUAUAAAAAUCUUUUUGGGUAUUAAUGAGAAUUUACUUCUAAACACAGUAAUACAGUCUGCCAGUCCUUAUAGCUUUAUAGUGGUUGAAUUUAAUCCAUUUGAAUAUGAUGUUAGGACAUUUUUGUUUUAAAGGAGAAGUUAAAUCAAAGUUAAAGUUGUACUAUUUUUUUAGGCAUUCUCUAAUAUUUAGGUUUAUAUUUUGAAACAGUUUGGAACAGAAUUUGUAACCGCCAAAAUAAUCAUUUUUUUGUAGAUAAUAUCUACAUUGAUUCAAAAAAUUCCCUUAUUAAACACAGUUAACUGAUUAAAAUGUUGCUGUGUAUGCAUUUAUCUAGGAAUCUCUUGUGUAAUUCUAGAUUUAGUAAGAUGUUAUUUAGGAAUGGGUGACCAGCCACUGAGACAAGUGAGGACUUAUCACCUCCCAGUCUGUUGGAAGGUUACAGUAAACAUUCCAUGAUAUGGCCAGAAUUUUUCAGACUUUGGGAAGUUUAAAGGUAGGAAUGGGUCACAAGGCUGACUGCUUUUACUCUCACCUUUAAAAUCUAUACAAGAUCUGAAAACUGCUAAAAAUCCUCUUACUGAAAUUCCUUUGUAAGGCAACAAAACUUGAAUAGUGCAGUUUGUGGAAGGAGAGAUUUUAAGGGAGGAAAUGAAACAAGUUUUCUGGAAAUCCGCCGUUUUUUUGAAUUUUUAAUUUCAGUAAUGUAAUGAUGCUGACUAUCCUUAUGAAGUUCAUAGAUUCACAACCCUAAUCUAUGAAUAUAAAUAUUUAGUUAAUAAGUCAAAUACAACUUGUAUGGAAUUCAAAAUAGUAUUGAGUCUUUUAUUGUUUUGUUAUUAUACUCAAAUCUAACCUGUCCUCUUGGAGCUCAAGGCAUUGCUCUUCAAAAUCUCAUGUGCUCCUUACAACAGCCCUUCAAGAUAGAGUACACUUAGAGAUGUGGCUGGCCUAAAGUUAUCCCAUGAAUACUUUGAUUUGUUUGUGAUGGGUUUCUCUGAGCCCAUGACUACAUUUAAACUACUGUUUUACAAGGGUUAUAUUAUGAUGUUUCUUUCUCAGAUUUCUUAAUUAUAUCUGAUAUAAUUGAAGAGAGAACACAGAAAUAGCUGGCCGACAAAAUGAUAAUUUUGCUUCCUAAGCUAAUGAAAGUAAUUCAUUUCUACUUGCAGCCUUAAACAUCUUUGCUCUCAAUUGUAAAUGAACAAUGUGAGCAGCUUACUUGAAGUUCCUAUCCCUAUACCUUUGCUGGUCCAGAAAGUGUUCUUACUGGAUGUUGGGCACAGAUGUCCUAAGUUUCACAAAUUAGAUAAAUAUAUAAAAUUUCUAAAAUUGCUUCUUGUUUUCUAUAUUGUACUAUUAUCUUGAAUAAGAGAAACCUAACAAAAACUAGUAAGACUCAAUCAUCUGGUCUACUAUAUAAUGUUAACAAUGUUAAUAUUUAAUGUUACUAGGUUGGGCCAUGAUUCGUGAACAAACAUUACUCCUUGUAGCAUUUACUGAGCUUAACAAAACUUUAAAGGCUUUUUUUUAAAUGUGGUAGUAGGAGUUAUCUAAUCACCAGUAAUGCCUAAGAAGAGCUUCUUUGCAACUAAUUUAUGUUAUAUAUUUCUAGCUUCCAAAUGGUUAAAGAAGCCAAACAACUUAUAGUCUGAUACUCUCUUUUUUCAGUUUUUGCCACCUUUUUUUAUGGAUCAGGAUUAAUAGAAAAGCUGAGUACUUGGAAUAGCUUUUGGGUAGAAUGCAGUUGAUCUACAUGAGUUUCAGCUUUACAGUUUAAAAGAACUGCUUAAAUGAAGAAAGCCUUGGGCACUGUAAGUGAAAAAUAUAUGAAUUCAAUAGUAUAGUAGUUGUGAAAAGAAAAAUUGCUCAAAAAUCAUCAGAGUCAUUUUGUUCUUGUAAUUCCAUUUUGGAUUAUGACUGAUUGUUAUCAAUAUGAUAAAAAAUAUAAUAGACCCAACCUAAUCUAACUAGAAUCAUUUUGGGGAGAAAAGAAAAAGUAUUGUAAUAUGCCCCAAGAAAACGUUGUUCUAAAGAAUGGCAUGCUGUCUUAAAAUAAGUUAAAAUUGCUUGAUGCCUACCUGUAAUCAAUAUCUGUCUUUGUGAAAAUAAGGAAGAAUUACAAACUUCCCUUUUUCUGUACAACAGUAGUGCAUUUAACAUAAAUGAGUCUGGGAUAUCCAAUUUUCUAAGCUGAAAAUGCAUUCCCUUGU